UAUUUAACUUGGUCGCAUGGAAAUUUGCUGAACAACGUAAGAUUGAAUUAAAUUUCAGUAUGAGGCACGCACAAUUUUUGGCACGAACCGUUUUUGUGCAUAACAACAAUGUGGAGGAGGCAUGUCGUCUGCUAAACCGCAUUCUCGGCAAGGAGGAAAUCUUUGAUCAAUUCAGACGCACGCGUUUCUACGAGAAACCGUUCCAGGUGCGUCGACGGGUAAAUUUUGAAAAGUGCAAAGCCAUCUACAACGAGGACAUGAAUCGGAAAAUUCAAUUUGUUCUCCGCAAGAAUCGCGUGGAACCCUUUCCGGGCUGCAGUUAAAUGUAAUAGUUAAGAAUCAAUCCACAAUCAACCGUAGAUAUAGAUUCUUAGAUUUAGUAACAGAAUAAGAACAUUCUGAAGUUGCAUGGCAUUAAAAAUAAUUUGGAAGGAU